ACAUGCAGGAUCCAACCCCCAUACUCUACCAGAAAAAGACAAAGACCCCUCCCAUCAUUCUUCAAUGUCUAGAAUUACCUUUUUCUUGGCUCUAUAACUUUUGCUACACUUUUGAUUCAUAUAGACCCAAAACCAUGAGCGUACCCAAAAAAAUGAAUAAAUAACUAAACCAAAACCAAAACCAAAAUUUAUCCAAAAAAGAAAACACCCAAAAUUAAAACCUUCACUUUUUCCGAACCCAACUGCGUUGCACUGACAAGCAUAUCUCGUUGGUUUUUUAGUAUCGGCUGUAGACCUGCUAAUAGAUGGCGUCUGAUCCCGAGCAGUCUGCUCCUGCUUCUUUUGGAAAGGUUUCUCUCCCCAGUCCCUUUUCAGUGGAUAAGUCUUCCACUGAGAUUGGUGAUGUCGACGAGCCUCUUCUUAAUGGAAUUCACGGUUCAGAAAACUAUUCUGUACUUUCUUCAAUCCUUCCAUUUCUAUUCCCAGCUUUAGGAGGACUACUAUAUGGCUAUGAUAUUGGUGCUACAUCUUGUGCUACAAUUUCCAUAGAGUCAGCGACUUUGAGUGGAGUAUCAUGGUACAAUUUGUCUUCCGUGGAAAUUGGUCUGAUUACUAGUGGUUCAUUAUAUGGUGCCUUGAUUGGAUCUGUCUUAGCCUUUAAAAUUGCUGAUUUCUUAGGAAGAAGAAGGGAGUUGAUUUCAGCUGCUGUGUUGUAUCUUGUUGGAGCUGUAGUAACAGGAGUAGCACCUAACUUUGCUGUUAUGGUGAUUGGGCGCUUUAUAUAUGGUAUAGGAAUUGGACUGGCAAUGCAUGCUGCUCCAAUGUACAUUGCAGAGACGUCUCCUACUCAAAUACGAGGACGACUAAUCUCUCUCAAGGAGUUCUUUAUAGUACUUGGGAUGGUUGGAGGUUAUGGAAUUGGAAGUCUUUUAGUUGAUAUAGUCGCUGGUUGGCGCUAUAUGUAUGUAGCUAGUACCCCUUUGGCUUUGAUUAUGGGAAUUGGAAUGUGGUGGCUACCAGCAUCGCCUAGAUGGAUCCUUCUAUGUGCCAUACAGGGAAAAGGAAAUAUGGAGGAAUUUAAAGAGAGUGCAGUACGGUGCUUGUGCCGGCUAAGGGGUACAGCCAUUGGCGACACAGCUCUUGCACAAGUAGAUGAAAUACUGGCUGAGCUUUCUUCCGUUGGUGAAGAGAAAGAUGUUACCAUUGGGGAAAUGUUUCGAGGAAAGUGCUUGAAAGCCCUUGUCAUCGGUGGAGGCUUAGUCUUGUUCCAACAGAUCACAGGCCAACCUAGCGUGCUCUAUUAUGCUGCAUCAAUCUUUCAGAGCGCAGGCUUCUCUGCUGCAUCUGAUGCAACACGAGUCUCAAUCCUGCUGGGUUUGCUGAAGUUGAUAAUGACUGGAAUAGCUGUUCUUGUUGUGGAUAAACUUGGGAGGAGGCCCCUGCUGUUAGGUGGUGUUUCUGGGAUGGUGAUCUCUUUGUUCCUUCUGGGAUCAUAUUACCUUUUCCUGGAUAAUGCAGCAGCUGUGGCUGUUAUUGCACUGCUUUUGUAUGUUGGCUGUUAUCAGUUAUCGUUUGGUCCAAUCGGUUGGCUAAUGAUCUCGGAGGUUUUCCCAUUACGCUUAAGAGGGCGAGGACUGAGCAUAGCCGUGCUUGUGAACUUUGGUGCCAAUGCUCUGGUGACAUUUGCAUUUUCCCCACUGGAGGCAUUGGUGGGAGCAGGAAUAGUGUUUUAUGGGUUUGGGGUAAUAGCGGUGGCGUCUUUGGUGUUCAUCUUCUUCAUCGUACCAGAGACAAAGGGGCUUACUCUGGAGGAAAUUGAAGCCAGAUGUCUAUAAGAUAUUCCUAAUGUUGUAUCUAAAUAAGCCGGUGCUGUUGUAGCAAAACAAAUAACAGAUUACAUGUUCAAAACAAAAAACGUUUUAGUUUUAUUUUUGGUACUAGAAUAUGUUGCAAAGGUA